AAACAAUGUGCUUCAUGCGGCCAUAUCAGCUUCCUGGCGUCACCACGCAUCUUGCUCCGGUUCAGCUCGUCAUAACACUCCUCUAAUUAGAACAAAUUCGUCAUGUCCCGUAACAGCACUCGUUGGACUCGUCCCACAAACCUCAGACAAUCAUGACCGCCCUCUCCACGCACAAUGUUCCUCUGACGCAGAAUACCGCACCGGUACACGAAUUUGACUGUCUGUAUUCCCACGAUAUAAAAAAGAAGAAGAAGAUAUAUCAAGAUGGCGUCCUCUCAUUUCACACAUUCAACAAGCGGAUCAUGGUCUACGACACGUCGAAGAACUACAUUGGGGAUCUACAUUGGCAGGAAAAGGCGGACAUACAAGAGGGCGAUGACAUCACGCUCGAGAGAGGCAUCCUGGUCACAGUCGGUGAACCAAAGGGCAGCGUACAGACCGACCUCGCACCGCUGUUCGAAAAGAAAGACAAGCCUUCACCGAGACCAAGACACUCUACGCAUCCUCGAGCUCCCCUCAGCAGUGCGCUUCACAGCUCCAUUCGCAGAGACCCCAGCCAGCCGCGACAUCGAGCCCUGUCAUCCAUUAUAAAUAAGCCGAUUGGUUCGUCGUACGGGCGAGCAGCGUUGAACGAGAAGUCGCCAUUUGACUUGAGGGAAGAGAAGGAGAAUGGAAUAGCAAACCCCAGACCGGUGAAGAGGGCAAGGACGGACGCAGUGGAACAGGCGAAAAGGGAUUCAGGGCCAAGGCUACCCAGUGCUACGAAACGCGCAUCAUUGUGGAAACAGACGUCUCAGGGACAGACAUCGCCAGGCGCACGGCCAGCUGUUGUUGCCUCCGGUGAGGAUGUUGUCGACCUCGUGUCAGACAACGAAGAGAGCGUGCUCUCUGAUGUUACCCUGCCGGACGUGUCUCCAAUACGUGUGAAUGGCAACACAGUCGCACCACCGAAGCCAAGGCCGGAAUCGCGUGUAGCGGUGAACGCUGCAACGACCCUGCGACGACCCGUCAUCGCAAGGUCUGCGAGGCAUACUCCUCCGAAACAGGCUUUACAACCCACAUCGUCACCACCGGUGAGCGUCAUAAACAAAAUUACAAGAGUUGACGAAUUCCUCGAUCAGUCUGCAGCUCCAUCAAAGACUGUUGCAAUUGCUCCUAUAAAGGUUUCAGCAAUGACCAAUGAGUUACAAGAUGUCCCAAGACCGAAAACAAGGCCUCUCCGAAUACCAACUGGAAAAGUCAAGAAGACGCUGAUGUGUGAAAAUCAGCCACAACCAAAGUCAAGGCCAAGUACUGCAAGUCGACUGGGCGCCUCCGCCGGUAGUUCCAGCUUUACACGUAGAGAGAUCGAGCUAGUCAAGGAGGACGAAGGAAUCGAUACUGCUGAAAGUGCGCAGGCUAGUACACGAAAGGGUGCUCUGACGGCACAUACGGAGGAUAGACCCAUUUCUGGGUCUGUCAAUGCAACUCGAAUAGGUCAAAGUUGUCCUGUCCGAGAGACGACGGUAACGAACACGAGGGAAACUAACAGCGAUUUGCGGAUCGAACAGCAAGCCGGAGACAUUGGUAUGCUACCGGACAUGGCAUAUACCAGGCAAGCAGACGCUUCCGCUGGUCAUAAUCAGAUAGCGACCGAAACAAACAAGAUGCCGCCACCAAGAUCGCGGAGACGUCUAAUAAAGCAGCCACAAAGCGCAACGAAAGGGAAAGCUGCCACGGUCUCAAAGAAGGUCCUGCCGCCCAAAAUCGAUCAUUCAAAAGAUCUUGGGCCAUGGAGCAAGGAAGCCUUUGAUCUUUUCGAUUGGAGACCACCGGACUUGAGAUCGGACUCUGGCGUAACGAGAUGAUGAAAGUUGCCGUGUAUACCAUAGUCGAUGCCGAGAGUAUCCAUUGAAUUAUGAACAGUCCUAUCACAAGUAUUCUACAAACGUUGUGCUGCGACCAGGAGGUUUCUUAUCUCAAGCUCGUAACACGACGUCUGUUCAGACAUGGUUAUAGGUUAUGCUGCGGUCAUGGGCCGUGAAAGGUGAGCUGGAUGGUCACCCAAUGUGGCAGCGCGAUAUCAUGGCCGUGAGCUUCGUGAAACCCACGAAGCCUUCCUCGCCAAAAAACGCCCCCACAGCAGCGAUGGAAUCGUCCCACAUUUGUUUCGCACCACAUGUUUCACAACGACAUUCCACAACGCAAGGUAUCGUGGACAUGCCCGCGAAGAUUCGCCCGCUACGACAUAAUCGUUUUUCGCCGCUUUAUGCGUGGAUAUAUGUAUGUCAUUAUCUCGUGAGCCCCGAGUGCUC